AUGUCUACUUCCAGUGGUUCACAGAGGCCCAUCAAGGGGAUCCUGAAAAACAAAGGCUCCACGGCUUCUUCGGCUUCCUCGGUUGUGGCCCAAGUUCAGCAGACCGGAGGACUUAAUCAAGUACAGACAAGAAAGUCUAAGAAGUGGGACGAGUCAAAUAUCCGUGCCACAUGCCGCUCUGCAUACAGAGACUAUGAUUUAAUAAACAGAAAUGAGCCCAGCACUCCCCACGUCAGGAUUCAAGUUGGCGGAGAAGAUACAGUGCACAAUUUCGGAACAAAAGGCCAGAUCAGAAACAUCACCAGAGACAUCUUCAGUAAGAAAUUAACCGCCCUUCAUACCUCGGAGCCGAAUUGUCAGAUGAGGGAGCCAGAGAGCAGGGGGGCACACAGUAGCAAAACGUUCCUGGACAGAAUAGAAAGACAGCGGCAGUUCGAAUUGAGAAGGAAGCUGCAUUACACCGAAGGACUGAACAUCAAAUUAGGUAGAGAAUUAAUUGCAAAAGACCUCCAAUGUUUAGAAGUAGAUGAUGAAAACGAAGAAAGCCCACCUGUUACCAACGAAGAGAAGACCGCGGCAGGAGAACCGGAGGAGGAUCCUGCAAGCGAUGAACUGCAAACUCAAGCAUGCUACAUGUAG